AUGAGGACUCUGAUUCCUCUGUUUGAUUCAGACACUGGCCUGCUCAUUGUGUCUGGAAGUGGCGAGAGUGUGAUCGACUGUUUCGAGGUGAACACCAGCGAGCCCUUCCUGUCUCAAGUGAGUCAGUGUGUGACGGAUGGCUCGAGUCGUGGUGUGUGUCUGCUGCCAAAGCUGGCUCUGGACAUCCGCUGCUGUGAGGUUUUACGGCUCAUGCAGCUCACUGAAAACUUCAUUGUGCCCAUCAGCUACCAGGUGCCCCGCAAGGCAGGACAAGACUUCCACGCGGACUUGUAUCCAGACACCGUGGGUCACACAGCAGCCAUGAGCGCAGACGACUGGUGGAAAGGAGACAACAAACAGGUGGAGAGGGUCAGUCUUCACCCCAGCAAAAGGCCAAAACCACCCGCUCCGUCAGCUCAGGAGAAAACACAGAAGGAUCUUUCCCGCGGCAAGAGCAAAGAGGAGGCCUCAAGCUCCAGCAGUCCUCUCAGCAGCCCCAGCAGCAGCGCAGUCCCGUCCCGCUCGCCCUCCUCCACCAGUGGCCUGUCGUCCGGCUUCAUGCCCAGCCCGAGCCCCAGCCAGAGCUCCCGUGCCAUCCACAACAUGCUCGGCCCGAGUUCGAAGUUUCGUCACAUCCAGGGUUCAGUUCUGCACCGGGACACUCACAUCACUAACCUGCGCGGGCUUCAUCUGACCACCCCUGGAGAGUGUGACGGAUUCUGCGCCAAUGGGCAGCGUGUGGCGGUUCCUCUGGCCAUCGCUGGUGGGCAGAUUGCCGUGUUUGAGUUGUCCCAGCCUGGAAAGCUGCCGGACACUGCUCUGCCCACCAUCCAGAACUCUGUCAAUGUGGCCGACUUCUGCUGGGACCCCUUUGACCCUCACAGGCUGGUUGUGGCUGGUGAUGAUGCCAAGAUCCGCGUGUGGCAGAUUCCCAAAGGAGGCUUGCAGGAAACCCUGACGGAGCCGGAGUGUGUUCUGCGGGGACACACUGAGAAGAUCUACUCCGUCAAGUUCCACCCUCAUGCCAGCGGUCUACUGGUGUCAUCCUCAUAUGACCUCACUGUCAGACUGUGGAGCCUGGAGACUGGAGAACAGGUCAAGCAGCUCAGCGGACAUCAGGACCAGAUCUUUGGCAUGGCUUGGAGUCCCGAUGGGAAACUGCUGGCCACUGUGUGUAAGGAUGGAAAAGUGCGUUUGUAUGACCCACGCAAGUCCACCUCACCCAUCCAGGAGGGUCCAGGACCUGAGGGCCAGAGAGGGGCUCGAGUAGUUUGGGUCUGUGGUGGCAAGUACCUGAUGGUCUCAGGAUUCGAUUGUCGCAGUGAAAGGCAGCUGUACCUGUUCUCCACUGAGUCCUUGGCAUCCGGGUCUGUGGCCUCUGCUCCUGCUGAUGUGUCUCCCUCGACCCUCAUCCCAUUCUAUGAUCCCGACACCAGCGUCCUCAUCCUCACUGGAAAGGGUGACACCCGGGUUUACAUCUACGAGAUCGUGCCUGAAGCACCGUACUUCAUGGAAUGUAGUAGUUUUAAUUCCUCUGAGCCCCACAAGGGAUUGUGUUUCCUGCCGAAAACUGAAUGUGACGUUCGUGAUGUGGAAGUGGCUCGAGCAGUCAGACUCGGCAAGACCACCAUUGAACCUGUGGCCUUCAGAGUGCCUCGUGUCAAAAAAGAGUUUUUUCAGGAUGACGUUUUCCCGGAUACUGCAGUGUGGUGGGAAUCGUCUCUGAGCGCCGCUGAUUGGCUCUCUGGAUCUGAUGGACAGCAUCGCAAAAUCAGCCUGCGGCCCAAAGACAUGACACCCGUGAGUGAAGCUCCUAAAGAAGCUCCUGUGAGGAAAUACCUGCCCUCAUCAGUCUACCUCGAGGAGAAAACUGAUGAACAGAAGAAAGAGGAGUUGCUCAGUGCAAUGGUGGCAAAGCUGGGAAACAGGGAAGAUCCACUGCCACAGGAGUCUUAUGAGGGAGUGGAUGAAGACGAGUGGGACGAUUAGCCCACAAGUGUUUCCCGAUGGUCCAGUCAGGGUGCCAACAGCAGACAGGAGAUGAUGCUGUCCUGCUGCUUCAAUCUUGCCAUUCCAGGGUGCCAAAACUAAACGCUUCAUCUCCACACUCCUCCAUCCAUCACAUCUCUAACUGGAGUAUUAAUAUCUGUUAUUAAUCAUUAAACAUGACUCUUAAUAUUCAUACGCACAGCUCAGAUGUUCAUCUCAGAUGCAUGAAGCACAUUUACAGUACGACAGGGUUUUUUCAGAUGUUUUUACCGAUGACCAUCAGUUUCACACUGCAUGAAAUCUGUCUGGAUGUUGUCACUCAUGAAAUGUGCUCUUAAUACCAUCACUUGUGUGUUUUACAUUGAUAUUGUGCUAAUUUGUGGGAUUAAAUGUUGCCUCCUUUAGGUGUUAGAGAUUUUAUUUUCUUCUUUGCAGAGUAAAAAUUAAAGCUGCCCUACUGAAAAUAAACAGCUUAAACCAGCCUAAGAUGGUCGGCUAUUUUAGCUGGUCAACCAGGCUGGUUUUAGGGGGCUUUUGGCUACUUCCAGGCUGGUUUCCAGCCAUUUCCAGCCUGGUCUUAGUUGGUCAAGUUGGAAAAUGAAUUAAUCUUUGAGAAUAUGUAUUGUACCUUAAAUCUACCGACAAUUGAUGCAGUGUAACACAAGUAUCUCUUAGCUUUAUGUUUUCUUUACAUUAGUAUGAAAAAUAAAUGAAAUAUAACCUGCAGUGUCUUAAUAUGUCUGAACUUUUCCAAGCGAAAAUGUCUGUUUACUCUAAAUGAAUGAUCUGGCGACUGUUUUACACUGCUUUUUAAACUGGAAAUACACUACUUGACAAAAGUCUUGUCGCUUAUUUAGGUUUUAGGAACAACAAAUAAUAACUUGAUCAUUUGUUAUCAGAAGUGGGUUCAUCAAGAUUCUUCGGAUUCAUCUUCAGUGCCUCCUCCUUCAUCUUACCCCAGACAUGCUCGAUAAUGUUCAUGUCUGGUGACUGGGCUGGCCAAUCCUGGAGCACCUUGACCUUCUUUGCUUUCAGGAACUUUGAUGUGGAGGCUGAAGUAUGAGGAGCGCUAUCCUGCUGAAGAAUCUGCCCUCUCCUGUGGUUUGUAAUGUAAUGGGCAGCACAAAUGUCUUGAUACCUCAGGCUGUUGAUGUUGCCAUCCACUCUGCAGAUCUCUCGCACGCCCCCAUACUGAAUGUAACCCCAAACCAUGAUUUUUCCUUCACCAAACUUGACUGAUUUCUAUAAUAAUCUUGGGACCAUGCUGGUUCCAAUAGGUCUUCUGCAGUAUUUGUGAUGAUUGGGAUGCAGUUCAACAGAUGAUUCUUCAGAGAAGUCUGCCACUUUUCCAAAUGAUCAACUUGAAGUCAAGUUAUUAUUCGUUGCUCUUACAACUGGGAUCGACGACAAGACUUUUGUCAGGUAGUGUACUCACUCUGCGUGUUUGCUUCUGCUUAUCCUCACCAACAGUAUUAACACAAAUCUACUUCACAAGGGUUUUUCCUCCUAAUCAGGUCUAUCAUGAGGCAAUAUAAUGUUUUUAUUAUUAUUAUUAUUGUUAUUAACAGAACAUGUUUACAUAUGCCAGGAAAGGACUCUUGUUCUGCAUGUUAUGGUAUGGCGUGACGUCCUGUGCUUGACGUGUGACCAUGUGUACUCGUAUAUAUGAGUGGUAGGUGUUUAUCGACGUGGUAAUGAUCUGCUAAGUGUUUUUAAUCGGUGAGCUAAUUUUGGUACCAAUCUUGAUGUGUUUGGGGGAGGAUUUUUUCACGUUAAUUGUGUUCAUUUGAAUACUUUAUGGGCAAUAAAUAAAAUAAAAAAUGUUUUUCACUUUUCCUCUGAAUGGAGUCAGUCUUGUGGGAAUGUAAAACCUCGAAAUAAAAGCCUGGAGAGCUGA